AUCGGAGGUUGCGUCAUUACGAUUUCUACCGAACUGUCAAGAGGCCGAAUCGGGUUGUGGUACAAACAGAAGUUCAUUCGCAUCCGACUCUUCUGAAUGGUUAUUGGCAAAAGGAUAGAUGCUGCCAUGCUUUUCUGGAGAACGAUAGUAUUUACUCUGGUAUGCAUUGUGGUACAUCUAUCAUCUGGAGUGCUGGGCCAAAAUGGAGAAACUGCAACUCAGUGCAACAGUGCCAAAGCAGAAGCAUACAUAGCAACAACAGCAGCUUUAAUCGAGAGACUCAGGGAUACUUUACCAUCAGGUGGUGGUGAAAACUGUAAAUGCCCACCAGAGCCAAUGGACUGCGAUGAAAUACUUCGAUGUGGAUUCAAUCAAUCGGGGGUUUAUCCGAUCUGGCCACGUAACAGGAUAAUGCGGGGAAGUAUCGAUGUUUAUUGCGAUAUGGAAACGAGCGGAGGUGGAUGGACGGUAUUGCAGCGACGAGGAGAUUUUCGCCGACCGGCGAAUUUUUUCUACAGAUCCUGGCACCAAUAUAAAAUUGGAUUUGGAGACCUUCGCAAGGACUUCUGGUUAGGAAACGAUAACAUUUACGCUAUAACCAACCAGAAAAAAUACAACCUUCGUAUCGACAUGCAAGAUUCCGAAAAUCAAACCCGAUACGCAUUUUAUGAUCAGUUCUGGAUUGACGAUGAGAGUUAUCGGUACAAACUUCAUGUUUAUGAUUACAGCGGAGAUGCAGGAGACAGUUUAGCACGAACACACGAUGGAUUCCAUUUCUCCACUAAGGACCGAGAUCACGACAACAGCACGGAGAACUGCGCCGAACGCCACAAGGGAGCAUGGUGGUAUUCCUCGUGUCACACUUCCAACCUGAAUGGGAUUUACCAUCCACCAAGACAAAAGAGAUCUUCGGACGGAAUCAUAUGGACCACUUGGAAAGGAGCUUCGGAAUCUUUGAAAGCGGUGGAAAUGAAGGUACGGCCCGUGACGUUUAAGCGAUCUGGUCUGGAUCUUGGUGUAGAACCGGCAUAACAGUUGUUCGCUUUCGCCGAAGCUGCUGUUUAAUUUAUUAAAGCAUAUAUUUUUUUUAUGAAUUGUAAAUACAGUAUUAUAAAAUAUUUAUACCUAUUA